CACCUCGAUUCUGUGACGUCACAUUCCCGCGCCGCCGCCGUCCUGUGGCUUUGAGCACAAUGGGUCCCAUUGAGCUGCUGCACAUGUCCGUGUUCUCGCAAAGUUUUUCGCCCUGCGGACGAUUUCUAGCGGCAGGAAACAACUACGGUGAGAUCGCCAUCUUCAGUUUGUGUGCCGCUCUCAGUCCAGAUGUGUCCGAUGCGGCUCGAAAACCAGUUCUAACGUUUACAGGUCACGAGGGUCCGGUCUUCUGCCUCGUGUCAGCCGGCGGGCAGCUGCUGAGCAGCGGUAAUGGUGAGAUCAGCGCCUGGAACUGGGCCGAGCUCAUCAAGAAGAACGUCAAAGCCGUGUGGACCAAGAGGCCCGACUACAAAUGCAGCAUGGAGGUCCCCGAGAUCAACGCCAUGGUCAUCAACCCGCGAGACAACAGCCUGCUCAUUGGUGGUGGGGACAACAACGUCCAUGUCCUGGAUCUGGAACACGGUGUCUUCAAGUCUGUCUUCCAGGGACAUUCGGACUACGUGCACUGUCUGAGCGUGAGGGAGCGCGAUGGCGAGGUCCUGUCGGGCAGUGAGGACGGCGCCGUUAGGAUGUGGGACAGCAGGACGGCUCAAUGUGUCCACUGCGUGGACGUGCACAAGUACCAAAAAUGUGCACGGCCGCAGUUUGGAAAGUGGAUCAGCUGUUUGACCACCGACUCGGAUUGGAUGCUGUGUGGUGGCGGUCCGUUCUUGUCACUGUGGCAUCUUCGCUCGCUGACGCCGACCUCCAUCUUUCCACUGAGUGGCUGCCAGAGACAAGCUACCUUCUAUCAGGACAUGAUUCUGGCGGUGGGCGAAGGUCCGUUUGUGUCUCACUGCCUGUUGGGGGGGGAAGUCAAGGCUCAGAUCCCUUGUAGCCCCCAGAACCUCAACAGCCUGCAGCUCAACACCAACAGCACAGAGCACCAGGUGUUGACGGCGGCAGGAAGCAGCGAGCACGUGGACGUGUUCACCAAUGUGUCCUACAAAGCCUUCUCACUUAGCUUCUGAUUUUUAACCAAUAAAACAUGUGGUGUGACAUCACAGCAAGUCAUUUUAUUCACCGUAGAAAAACAUUGCAGCUGUUCAUCAGGUUCCCGCUGGAACGCCACCAGUUGACAUGGAGACAUGAGGGUGGGCGGGGCUUCAGGCAGCUGCCAAGCAGGCCUGGCGCACACUCUGAGCCCAGGUGUGGAGCACUUCCGUCACCGAGUGUUUGUCAGGAAGCUGCAGCAGCUUGGAGGCCAUGUUCCUCUGCACCGUCUGCAGGAAGUGGUUAGCACCUGCCACAUGCACACAGGAAGUCACAUGACCGAGGCCACCUACCGCAGACUGGAAGUCACGCCUACUCACCGUACUCCUCGCCGUCGUUGGCCCAAUAUGGACUCUGGUCGGGAUAGUCGGCAGGAACGCUGAGCUGCAGAGGAGGAACGCUGGGAAGGUUCUUGUCCUCUGCAAAGGAAGACCACUGUUCAGCUGGAGAAGCGGCGAGGAUGGUGGCGGCAGGAUGUCUCACCCAGCCUGCACACGAGGUGCACGGUGCCGUUGUUGCUGCAGUGCGCCGGGUCCAAGUGGACCAGGAACUUGAUGUCAAGGCGGGCUACCUCCCCCUGCAAGAUGUUAGGGACCGUCUGCCGCUCGUCAUCCUCCUGCUUCCUCUUUCGGGCGGACACAUUGGGACCGCUGAGGGACAUGCCACACGUGAAAGGGUGGACACGGAGGGGUGUGUCCUGCGUGUCUGGGGACUUACAUGAUGGGCGGGCCGUGAAUGGCCGUCAUGGCGGGGGCGAAGGUGCGGUGCAGCGAGUGGUUGAAGACGGGUGAGCGAAGGUUGGCCAUGACGGCAUCCAGUAGAGGCUGACACAGGUACUGCUGCUUGGUGGUCAGCGGCGGCGGCGGGGGGGUUGGCUAAGGAGCCGGAUAUGCGCACACACACACACACACACACACACACACAC